UGUAAAAUAAAAAGUCGGGGAAGUACAUGUUGUUGUGGAUAAAAAAUGAACAAAUAUCAUUUCUUGUCAUUAGUGCGUUUUACACAGAGAUAAUAGAGAUAAGGUUUUAUAAUUUAUACCACAGUUAACCGUAUUUUACACACAAUAAAAUGCUUUACAUUUAAGAAAAAACGAGAUAAUAAAAUAAGGAUAAACACACUCGCCUGAAUCCUCUACAGAACAGAAUACAGUCGUAAACAUCUACAUGGUAUAAAUUUUUUGGAAUACACAAAAAGAGAGGAGAUAGAGAAAUCCGUGCAUACUUAGGUUUAAUAUUGACGAAAAGCUUGCUUGGAAAUUUAAAGUCUAUUAUUUCGAAGAUAUGUGGAUGCAUCUUUGGUCUGAACUCCAAAGGAAUUAAAAUAUCGAAGUUUAUUCGAACAGGUUUGCAGUUAUAUACUUUUAAAUAUGUUGCCGAUAAUUACAAGAAUUUUAAAUAGAGGAGUUGCAUAUAAGACACAACACACCAAAAAUAGGUUUUAUUGCUCUGUUAAUAAAAAUAAUCGCAACCCAAAUUCAUCUGCGGCCAAGCCAUUAAAUGAGGUUAAUAAAGAUAAACACCAUAGAAAAUAUAUUUCUUUCACUAACAAUUCAGGAAAAACUAUAACAGGGGAUGCAGAAACUAUUUCGUUUGUUGCUUAUGAUAGUAAAACAGACACUCAUGGAGGAAGCGCAAUAACUCGUUUGUUUGUUACUUAUGAUAGUAAAACAGACACGUUUUAUGCAAAUAUAUCAAAACCAGAUGGCAUUGAACAAAUUAUUGAGUCAACGAAAGGGAAAGUAUACUCUGUUAACUGUAAUACAGAUGUCAAUAAGAAUGAUAAAGAUUGUAUUCCUUUCCCUGGCAAUACAGAACAAGAAACCAUUAAAGAGGGCACAGGAAUUAUUUCGUUGAUUCCUUGCAGUGAUACAAAAGGUCCCACUAAUCGUUUAUUUUAUGGAAAUACAUCACAACCAGAGAAAGUUAUGAAGCAGAUUCCUAAACCAAAAGAGAAGAAAGUGUAUUCUGCCAACUGCAGUAUAUAUUUCAAUAAAGGUGAUAAAAAUCCCAUUAAAAAGGAUACAGGAAUGAUUACCCAUUUAUUUUAUGGAAACAUAUUACAACCAGACAUAGUUGCGAAUCAGUUUCCUAAAACAAAAAAGCAAAAGAAGAGAGUUUAUGUACGCUUAGGUUUCGGCAAGCCUCUUAAGGAUUAUAUUCCUUCCGUUGAUACAUUGCGAACAAGUUUUAAAAAUGGCGUAAGAAUUAAUUUGUCGAAUAUUAUAAGCAGUAUUAAAAAGCCUAUACCAUUUUUAUUUAUUUUUGGAAAUAAACUAAAACUUGGCAGAAAAAUGGAAAAUGAUAAUAAUGAAAAGGAAUACAAAGAAAGUGAUAAAGAAAAUACUUCAUUUGAUCUCAAGAGCAAUGUAAACAAUGCCCACUCAUUUAAGAGUACAGAAGAAAUCCCUGAACAAAUGGAAUAUCCAGGAAGCAGCUGCUCUGAAUAUGUUACUGAUCUAAUACAAAAUAUUGGAAGCCUUUUACAACAGAUCAGGGAAAACAUUUCAAAUGAAGAAAAACAUAAAUUCUUACUUAUGUGGCAGGAUGAAAUAAAUAAUAUUUAUUUGAUGAUAAAAGAUUUAAAUACUGCCACGUCUAUCAUAAUAUUGUCCAAGUACUCUAAGUAUUCAGAAGAUUUAAACCAUCUAAUCACAAGUAUAUCAGAGGAUGAAGAUUACGGAAAACUCUUGCCUGUACUUGCGUACAUAACUGUUGUUUCUGUUCAAUUGCUUCUGCUUUCCUAUUUUAAUGUCCCUUUCGCUGAUCAGAUGGUAAACAUUGCUAUUUCUUUCUUUCAUAAAAUACACUUGCUAAAAGACAACCCUAAUGUCCACGAAAUAAUUGAUGUUAUUAUGAAGAAAAUUGAUCAAUAUCUUCCUGUAAGUUUAGAUACAUUGCAACCAGCGGAAUGUACAUGGUACUUUAAAGCAACCUACAGUACAUGUAAAGGGAGAUAGUGCGGAUCAACAGUGACGAAGCGAAGGGGGUCAGUUGUUGUUCCGCAUUUGGAAACAACAUCUAACUGUGAAUUUGAAUGCUUUUCAACGCUGGAAUCCAUCAACAGGUUGCUUUGGCUAUCCUGUAGACAGGUCUGUUGUCUAAUUAGCGACCAUUAUUCAGAAGGAAGCGACGACGAUAUUAAGUGUCUGUAAUAACAGAGACCCGCAAAGACUACUUAUUUUUGUGUAUUUCAUGUAUCAUUAUUGAUUAUUGCUCAAGUUUUUUGCUAGGUUACUUGUUAAGUAUUGUUUGUGUGGCCAACACCCACUCAACAAAAGUAACUCGCUCUGAGUGGUGUGGAAUUGUGCAUGCGUUGCGAUUAGAGUGUGCCGUUAUUUGAGGUUACACUAUAUUAUCCAGCGGCGGGGUAUGAAAAUUACUAAAAGAAAUGUUAAAAAAAUUUAGUUUUCACGACAGAAUUUGAAAUAAUUAACUAUUGAUAUGUUUUUAAAGGUCAAAGAAAGCUG